AUGGCGAUCCAGAAGAAGCACGGAAAGGGGCGUUUGGAUAAGUGGUACAAGCUUGCCAAGGAGAAGGGAUACCGUGCCAGAGCUGCGUUCAAGUUGAUCCAGUUGAACAAAAAGUAUGGCUUUUUGGAGAAGAGCAAGGUCGUUGUCGAUCUUUGUGCUGCGCCAGGCUCUUGGUGUCAGGUUGCAGCGGAAACAUGUCCCGUCGGCGCCUUGAUCAUCGGUGUCGAUCUCGCCCCUAUCAAGCCGAUUCCUAAGGUCAUCACCUUCCAGAGCGAUAUUACUACCGAUAAAUGUCGAGCAACGAUCCGCCAACACUUGAAGACCUGGAAGGCCGACUGUGUUCUUCACGAUGGUGCGCCCAACGUCGGUACCGCCUGGAACCAGGAUUCCUUCAACCAGGCCGAGCUAGUGUUGCAGUCCAUGAAGCUGGCGACGGAGUUUCUUGUUGAGGGUGGUACUUUCGUUACAAAGGUCUUCCGUUCGAAGGACUACAACCCUCUUCUCUGGGUGUUCAACCAAUUGUUCACAAAGGUCGAGGCCACCAAGCCGCCGUCGUCGAGAAACGUGUCAGCCGAAAUUUUCGUCGUCUGCAAAGGCUACAAGGCCCCUAAGCGCAUCGACCCCCGGUUCCUCGACCCUCGCGCUGUUUUUGCCGAGUUGAAGGAUGCGACACCGAACAACGAGGCCAAGGUUUACAAUCCCGAGACGAAGAAGCGCAAGCGUGAAGGUUACGAGGAGGGCGAUUGGACGCAGUUCAAGACCGUUCCGGCCAGCGAAUUUAUUCACACUACCGAUCCUAUCGCCAUUCUCGGUACCGCGAACCAGCUUUCGUUUGACCAACCCACUAACGGCGAUGUUGCUCUGGCGGCUCUGGACAAGCUCCCUGAGACCAACGACGAGAUUCGAAGAUGCUGCGCUGAUCUGAAGGUUCUUGGAAGGAAAGAGUUCAAGAUGCUGCUCAAGUGGCGUCUCAAGGUCCGUGAGAUCUUCGGCUUCCCCACCAAGAAGACAGAGAAGGCACAGAAGUCCCUUCAGGAGCAGGUCGCUGGCGAGGAAGUAGCCGAGGUCGAGUCAAUGGACGAGGAGCUGCGGAUUCAGAAGGAGUUAGAGGAACUCAAGAACAAGGAUGACACCAAGAGAAAGAAGGAAAGGAGGAAAGAGAACGAGAAGAAACAAAAGGAUAUUGUGCGCAUGCAGCUAAACAUGGUGGCACCCAUGGAUAUCGGUAUGGAGCAAUCCGGACCUCUCGGCACUGACUCCAUGUUCGCGCUCAAGACUGUCGACAAGGUCGGCGGUGUAAACAAGAUCGCUCGCGGAAAAAUGGCCAUUCUCAAAGAAAAUGAGAAGAAGAAGGAGCAGGACAAUGGCAUUUCUUACGGCUCUGAAGACGAGAGCGAGGAUGAGGCUGAAGACCGCCUCGAGCGGGAGCUGGAUGGCAUGUACGACCAAUACAAGGAGCGUAAGGCAGCAGCAGAUGCAAAGUGGCGUGCCAAGCGCGCUCGCGAGGAGCAUGACGACGAAGAAUGGGAUGGUGUCUCCGCCAGUGAGCACAGCGACAGUGACGAAGAGUUUGAGGUGGACUCGGACAGCGACGAGGCAUCAGACGAAGAUGACGAAGAGGACAGCGGGAAGCCUCUUAUCACCGACUUGGACAACACUGCUGAGGACGGCGAGAUGUCCAAGCGUGCUAGAAGUUUCUUCAGCCAGGAUAUUUUCAAGGAUAUUGGUGGUGUCCUCGACGAGCCCGAAAAUGAUGACAUGGAGGGCGUUGAGUAUGGCAACGGAGUUGAGGAGGCCGAGUCUGAGGAGGAGGCCAAGCCGACUAAGCGAGAAGCCAAGGCGAAGAAGGCUAAGGAGGAGAAAAAGAAGUCCAAGGAGGACAAGAAGUCCAAGGAGGACAAGAAGAAGCCCGUCGAAAAGACGGACUCUGACUCUGACGAGAGCGAGGAGGAGGAUGCCGGUUUCGAGGUUGUCAAGAACAAAGAAGAAGACUGGGAGAACCAGGAGAAGCGACGACCGGAUGGCAGACUGGACAUCGACAUCAUCACCGCCGAGGCGAUGACGCUCGCACACCAGCUCGCGACGGGCCAGAAGACCAAGCACGACCUCAUCGACGAUGGAUUCAACAAGCACGCACUCAAGGACCGCGACGGCCUGCCGGACUGGUUCAUCGACGACGAGGGCAAGCACGACAAGCCACAUAAGCCCAUCACUAAGGCGGCAGCCGCCGCCAUCCGCGAGAAGUUGCGGGCGUACAACGCGCGACCCAUCAAGAAGGUCCGCGAGGCCAAGGCGCGCAAGAAGUUCAAGGCCGCGCAGCGCCUCGAGAAGCUCAAGAAGAAGUCGGACCUGCUCGCCAACGAGGAGGGCAUGACGGAGAAGGAGAAGGCCGAGAGCAUCGCCAAGAUGAUGGCCAAGGCCGGCCGCGUCAAGCGUAGGGCCAAGCCUACUCUGGUUAUUGCAAAGGGUGUCAAUCGUGGUGUCAAGGGCCGCCCCAAGGGUGUCAAGGGUCGCUACACUAUUGUGGACUCGAGAAUGAAGAAGGAUCUGAGGGCGCAAAAGAGGAUAGCCAAGAAGAAGAAAUAG